AUGACAAAACCCAGUGAGCACAUAAAACGGCCCAUGAAUGCAUACAUGGUUUGGUCGCGUAAAGAGAGACGGCGCAUCGCAGAGGAAUGCCCUCGAAUGUUGAAUUCGGAAAUAAGCAAGCGGCUUGGACUUGAAUGGAACGCACUCUCGCCUGAAGCGAAAGAUCCGUACGUAAUAGAGGCGAAACGACUGAGGGAACAACAUAAGAAGGAUCACCCAGAGUAUAAAUAUCAGCCUAAAAGGAAGCCUAAGGCUACACCCAAGUUGAAAACGCAAAGUUUAAAUCCUUAUGGCUAUCAUGACAUGAGUGGGAUGGGAUAUCCGUCCUCUUCGUCGCUUUGUAGCCCAUUACCGCCAGGCCAUUUGGUGCCUUCAGGUCCUAUUUUUAGCAAUUGCUCAGGAAACUGUACAUUAGCGGAGCCUCCUCCGCCUUACCAUUUCGCUCCUCAUUACCCGGUUGUGCAGCCUAUGACAGAAAUAAAAGGACCUUGUUCGACCCAUCUACCGCUUGUUGGCAGAGAAAUAUCUUGCGGACCUCCCAUAGCUUACUCAAGCCAUCAUCCAUCUAUGUCGCAUUCUAUGCAAGUUGGACAUGUGGUUCAUCAUCGAAGCGUUUUACCAGAAUCCUCAUCCUUAGUUCACGCCCCAACUGCCAUUGACAGCAGAACGGGCAUCCCAAGAUCGUCCAUGGAUUUUGUUAUGAUGAGACCUGAUGUUGGAUAUUAG